CCCUGUCCUGGUGGUCAUAACUGGAGAGCGACACCAGCUUCCCUGGAGAAGGCCUAGAUGAAGAAACUGAGACCCAAAGAGAGACAGUAACUUGUCCAGGGCUACCUCCAACAUGCAGACCCCUGCCAUGCUGUGUCUGCUGCUUGUGUGCACGGGCCUCCUGGAAGCGCUGCAGGCCCAGAGCCACCCCAUCUCUCGACGAGACCUGUUCUCUCAAGAACUGCCCCUGGACAUAGCCCCAGCCUCCUUUGAUGACCAGUAUGAAGGCUGUGCAGCAGCCAUGACAGCAGCUCUCCCAGAUCUCAACCAAACUGAGUUCCAGGCCAACAAAGUGUACGCGGAUGGCUGGGUGCAGGCAAGCAGCCAAUGGCAGGACCGCCAGGCCUGGGGGCCAGAGUGGGUCCUGAACCCUACUGGGUUGCCCCCGCCACCCCCUGGCUUCCGCGAUGAGCAUGGGGUGGCCCUCCUGGCCUACACCGCCAACAGCCCCCUGCACAAGCAGUUCAAUGCCGCCGUGCGUGAGGCAGGCCGCUCCAGAGCCUACUACCUCCACCACUUCUCCUUCAAGACACUCCAUUUCCUGCUGACCGAAGCCGUACAGCUGCUGGGCAGGGGCCAGCGUUCGCCCCAGUGCCACCAAGUGUUCCGAGGGGUGCACGGCCUGCGCUUCCGGCCGGCGGGGCCUGGGGCAACCGUCAGGCUGGGGGGUUUUGCCUCCGCGUCCCUAAAGAAUGUUGCAGCCCAGCAAUUUGGGGAGGACACCUUCUUUGGCAUCUGGACCUGCCUUGGGGCACCUAUCAAGGGCUACUCCUUCUUCCCUGGGGAGGAGGAGGUGCUGAUCCCCCCCUUCGAGACCUUCCAGGUGAUCAACGCCAGCAGACCAGCCCAGGGCCCCGCCCGCAUCUACCUCCGGGCCCUGGGCAAGCAUAGCACCUACAACUGCGAGUACAUCAAAGACAAGCAGUGCAAGUCCAGGUCCUGCCCUCUUGGUAACUCAGCCAUGGGUCAAGGCCCCUCUUCUUCAGUCUGGUCCCUCCUACUGCCAGUCUGGUUCCUUGUCAGGGGAACCUUUCCAUAGAGUCCAGACCUGCCAUGAUCCAUCUGACACUGAACAGCCCCUCCUGGCCAUCGCGCUGCCUAAGCCCGACAUGGGGAUGUCGGCCCCCUAUGUGCUUUAAGAGCAGCCAGGAUCCAUGGUGACCCUCUGCAGAGAACUCUGGGACUUUCUCUGGCAGCUGCCAGGUUUGCUGAUGGAGAAUUAAGGGAAUCUGGGGACUGAGCCUUCCCCAAGGCU